GUGAAUAGUUGGCCAAAAAGUUUCAGUCAUUCAUUCCUUCUGCUCCGGCUACCAUGAAAUAUUCAAUAUUUUGCUUUAUAAUUUCGUUUGUUGGAUACACGAGCUCAGCGCCCGACAUCACGAUGAAAUUCAAAACUUGCGAUGUUCAGUCCAAUUGGAAGCUGGCCGACGCCAAUUGUUCCAUAAACGUAAGAGAUGGCGAGUCGAAACUUUCAACAUUCAUCAAUGUACAGAACAGUAUUCGCGCUGUACGAGCGCAGGUGAAGGUGAGCGUCCUGUUGCCUCUUGUCGGCCAGGUGACGAUGAUUGACCGUGAGAAGGAGGACCUGUGUGUAUGGUUGAAUUCAUCCUCGCUGCCGAGCCUCGCUGUGGUGGCUAUGAAUGAGUUUCCCGAUAUUGGCCAUUUCCCCGAAAGCUGUCCGGUUGCUGGGGGAUUAUACUACGUCAAAGACUUGUUCGUGCCGUCGAGCCUUCUUCCCUCCUAUCUGCCUGUUGGGAAUUUCAUACUUGAAUUGAAACUAUUCGGAACCACUCUCGCGGAGGAAGUGCUGCUUUUCUACAAUCUCACCCUUCAUGGCAGUAUUCAACCGUAUCGAACAGCCUUUGCUGCAGGAUUAGCCGGAAGGAGACCACGGAAAAUGUAGGAAUCAGAGAUAGAACCCGCAUAUAUAGGGAACCUGGCGAAUGUUCAAAAAUCAACCACCCACACUUGGUUCUUGUUUAGAAUAGGAAAAUCAAUCCUGAAAUGAACAGAUGGAUCUAGUUUUA